AUGGGGUGGGGAGAAAUCAUCUCGAGCCAGCUGCUGAUAGAGGCGCUGUCCUUGCCGGCGGCGUCGUUGCCGGCAGUUCUUUUCACCGCCGCGGCCUUGGCCGCCGGCGCCUUUGCGGUCUACUUCUACAUCCCAUCAUGGCGCGUGCGCAGGGUCCCCGGGCCGGUCGCGCUCCCGCUCGUCGGACACCUGCCGUUGUUCGUCAAGCACGGGCCGGGCCUGUUCCGCAUGUUGUCAAAGGAAUACGGGCCAAUCUACAGGUUCCACAUGGGUAGGCAGCCACUGGUUAUGGUGGCAGACGCGGAGCUUUGCAAGGAGGUGGGUAUCAAGAAGUUCAAGAGCAUCCCCAACAGAAGCAUACCGACUCCAAUUCGUGGCUCACCUAUUCACAACAAGGGCCUCUUCUUCACCAGGUAA